AUGGCCAGCGAAUCCACAUACACUCUCUACAAAUAUGACCCGUCGGGAGUUGCGGCGCUCGUCUUCGUCGCUCUCUUCGGAUUAACCACCUCGGUACACAUUUUCCAAAUGAUCCGGAAUCGAUCAUGGUUCUUCAUUCCUUUCAUUAUCGGAGGACUCUUUGAAGCUGUCGGCUAUGUCGGUCGCUAUCUUAACUCGCGAGAAACACCCGAUUGGACAACGGGCCCUUAUAUCAUGCAAUCACUAUUGCUCCUUGUCGCACCAGCAUUCUUCGCCGCAUCCAUUUACAUGAUCCUGGGCCGCUCAAUCAUCUCCACCGGCCAUGAGCAGCUCUCCGUCAUCCGAGUCAAAUGGUUGACCAAAAUCUUUGUCUGCGGAGACGUGGUCUCGUUCCUCGCCCAAUGUGCUGGCGGUGGCUUCCUGGCUUCCGGAAAGACCCAGUCCAAGAUUACGCUCGGACAAAACAUCAUCAUUGCCGGUCUUUUCAUCCAAAUUGCUUUCUUCGGAUUCUUUGUUGUGACCGCCGGUGUGUUCCAUUACCGGCUCUUGAAGUGCGAUGAUUGCGUUUCCAAGACUAUCACGGUACCCUGGAUGAAGUGCUUGUAUGUGCUAUACACGGCUAGUCUGUUCAUCAUGAUUCGGUCUAUCUUCCGUGCUAUUGAGUAUAUUACGGGUACAAAUGGCCCGCUCAUGUCAACGGAGGUGUACCUGUAUGUCUUUGAUGCUGCUUUGAUGUUCUUGACUAUGGUUACCUUCAACAUUUUCUCUCCAAAGUCAUUGAUUACUCCCCGGUCGGCUAUAGGGGACAUUGAAUCGCCAAGUGCAAAGGAACUUGUCGAUAUGAGAGAUGCCUGA